AUGAAAGCAACAAGUGGAGAUGACAGUGUUCAAUCAACUAAAGAACAACUUGUACUGAAAGCUACAGCUUAUAUCAGGGAAGUGCACGGCAGAUUCGAUGGAAAAAGUGAUACGUUUGCCAAGUUUCGAAUGCUAUUGAGAGGCUACAGGGAUAAACAAAUUGAAGUUGCGGAUCUUGCAGGGAGAAUUAUAGAGUUGUUUGAUGGGCAUCCUGACUUGAUUUUUAAGUUCAACUACUUCAUGCCUCGCCAAUACGACGAUCAUGACGAAGAAGAUGAUGAUGAUGAUGAAGACAAUGAUAGUGAGAGGACUCCUGAAGAAUAUCCUGUUGGAGAUCCAAAAGCCAUUGAAUUCCUGAACAAGGUGAAAAUGCGUUUUCGGAACGAUGAACAUAUCUAUAAAGCUUUCCUACAGAUUAUGAAUCAAAUUCAAGAUGGGUUCGCAGUACAAGAGCGCAAAGUCAAUGAGGUUGCAGCUCUUUUCCAAGGCCAUCCUGAUUUGUUUGAUGAGUUCAAUCGGACGGUAAUGGAUUCAAUAGAUUCCACUUCGGCUAAAGGUGAUUGCAGUGUGAAUCCUGAUAGAGAGAAUGUUGGUUUAGUUUAUGGAGAUAAUAAGAUGGAGGAAUCUAUGAAGUUGCCUUGUGAAAUUAGAAAAGACCCAAAAUCAGAGUUAUUGAAGGAAACUAAACAGCAGAAAGUAUUGGAGGAAACCAAACUGCAGAAAGUAUUGGAGGAAACCAAACUGCAGAAGCAUAUGGUAAAACCUGUUCAUGCGCUUGACCUUUCUAAAUGCCAGCAAGUUUCUCCCAGCUACUGGGUUUUGCAUGAGAAUUUUCCGAUGCCUUGGAUAAGCAACAGAUCGGAGAUUGGUGAUCAAGUUCUGAAUGAUAAGUUGGUAUGUGUGGCUCCAAGAAGGGGGAAUUCCUAUUCUAAACAAAUGCAUAGAACAAAGGAGGAGGAAAUCCUAUUGAGAUGCGAAGACGACAGAUUAGAGAUGGAUAUGUUGUUGGAGUAUGUAGCUUCAGCUUCUGAGAGGGUAAAGGACUUAUUGAUCGAAAUCGAUCAGAAUAAAAUCCAGACUACAACAAUGAAGAUUGAAGAUUACUUGACUGGUUUUGAUUUGAGAUGCAUAGAACGUUUGUAUGGUGAACGUGGCCUUGAUGUGGUGGAACUAUUGCAUAACAGUCCAGUUCCUGCAUUGCAGGUCAUCUCACCACGCCUCAUUCAGAAAAGAGAAGAGUUGAAAAUGUGUCUUUCGGAAUUUGACAAGGUUUGGAAUCAGGUGUACACCAAGAACCAAUUAAAAUUGCAGGACAAGCAACAUGAGUUGAAGAACCUGAGCACAGAACCUGUAGUGACUGAUUUCCAAGACAAUGAAGAGAAAGUGCCGAACAAAACUAAUGAGACAAUGCAUGAAGAGAUCAUGAAAAAUACUGGAAAUGAACAACCUGAUGACAAGAAGCAACAAGACUGA